AAUGCCGGUGAAUGAGUGCCACAGCUUGUUGUAGAGAUGGAGGGGGCCAAGAGAAAAUAGAAGACACUGAGGGGAAUGCAUCGCAACGGAUUGAUCAGCAUCACCGGCAUGAUGCUAAAGCACAAAAAAGGGCUCCCUGACACGCUCUCGAACUCCAACUGUGCGGAUCUCUAACCUCGAGAGUUGUUCGGAAACGAGGGUGAUCGAUCUAUCACUCUGGGCCCGACCCAGCAUCCGUGUAUAGAUUCCCUGAGAUAUUCCUCGAUGCUUCCUUUGUUUAUUUAUUUAUCUGUGGCGAGUUUCGAUUACAAAAUCACGUCCUUUGGUCGUUCUCAAUGCAGCUCAUCGAUCGGUCCAUGCUUCUUCUUCUGCAUUCUCGGUCUCUCUCUCUCUCGCUCGCUCAAUGCGUGUGUAGGUUUAUCAAUUCAUGGUGGUUUUCUUUGUGACCACGAACUCUCAGCUGGGUGUUGGCGUUUUUGGACUUUUUUUCUGUAUUUCUGCUGGAAUGGUUGGAGAAACUAGCAGCCAAAAGCAGGGAAAGGAAAGCCCACGCUUGUCGCACCACGAGUGAUUGCGGAGGAUGCUGAUGUGUGGGUGCCUAUUUUUGGAAUCCCAGCUCUGAGGCUGCUGUUUAUGGCGUGGUGAGACGCGACUGGGUACCAAGCUUGGAGCUCGCAGGCCUCCUUGAUCGUCACUGGUGCUCGUGAUUGAACGGCAAGCUGCGUGUAUUGGCAGCACAACAGCCGCCACAAAUAGCGUGAUUGAGGGGCUCUGCCGCUGCCAGUUAUCAAGGGUGUUGCUGCGAUCGGCCCGGUGGUGUUGACAACCGAGGGACAGUGAGUGGGGAGGGAGAGUGAUCGAGAGGCUGUGCGGUAGAGCCUUACUCACAUUGCCCUAGACUCGAUUGCUCAGGACCUUAUCCUCGAAGAAGACGAGGGCUUUGCUGACAUGGGCCUUCAGCAUUAUGCGGAUCUGGAGUCCUGCCUAAGUGUUGCGGUCGACGCCGCCAAGAGAGCUGGACAGAUCAUCGCCAACAACUUCAAUACGGCGAAGGUCAUUGAGCACAAAGGCAUGGUAGACCUCGUUACCGAGACAGAUAAAGCAUGCGAGGAUUUGAUUUUCAAGCUGCUCAAGUCAACCUUCCCUUCUCAUGAGUUGAUUGGAGAGGAGACAUCGGCAGAGAAUGGGACUCCACUUCUUACAGACGCCCCUACGUGGAUUGUCGACCCCCUGGACGGCACCACAAACUUCGUCCACAGGUUCCCCUUUGUCUGUGUCUCCAUCGGCCUUGUCGUCAACAAAGUCCCUGUGGUGGGCGUUGUCUAUAACCCCAUUCUGAAGGAGCUCUUCACUGCUGUGCAAGGAAAGGGGGCUUACUUGAAUGGCAAGCUCAUCCAUGCUUCAAGUCAGGACAAGAUCGGCAAUUCCAUUCUGGCCACCGAGGUUGGAACCACUCGAGACAAGCAAACGGUGGAUCGAACCACGAAUUGCAUCAACAAUCUUCUGUUCCAGGUGCGGUCUGUUCGUCUUUCCGGGUCAUGCGCUAUGAAUCUAUGUGGCGUUGCAUGUGGGCGGCUUGACAUGUUCUACGAGACUGGUUUCGGAGGUCCCUGGGAUGUUGCCGGAGGAGCUUUGAUUGUGCAAGAAGCUGGCGGUCUUAUUUUUGAUCCAUCUGGGAAAGAUUUCGACCUCAUGUCUCGCCGCAUAGGAGCAUCAAAUGGACAUCUCAAACAACCCCUCGUGACUGCUUUGACAAGCUAUGUCUGACCGACACUUGGCUGCCCUGUCGUUCGGUAACCAACUGAAUGUUUCACACAAAUGGCGAUGAUGCGGGGGAUACGUGUUGGAAUAAAUAGGUGAGAGUAAUGGGUCUCGACCGCGCUGGGCUAAUUGGAUAAUCUACGAAGAAGUGGGAGCGACUGCCUAAAAAAUUGUGAGAGCGAAGUAGUGUUGUCUAGUACACGUGCACAGAUUGCACUCAGUAAAUCUAUGAGGUAGAUACGUCGGAAAUUAUCAAGACAGACAAGUAGAGUGUAUAUACGACCUUUCAAUUAUUUUCUUACCCCGAUACCUAAAAAGACCUCAUUAGCUCUGGUAAAAUCAUAUUUUACUCUGGUGGAAAGUUUUCUCAACUUAUUUA